AUGGACGAUGAUUCGGAAAUACCAGAAUUAGUGAUAAUACCUUCUUCCAAGGAAACGGAAGUUGAAAAGAUUUCCAACUCGAAGGUUCCGAUAACCAUUGUCACAGGUUUUCUCGGUUCGGGGAAAACCACUUUAUUAAACUACAUCUUAACCGAGAAUCAUGGUAAAAGAAUUGCCGUGAUUUUAAAUGAAUUUGGUGAAAGUAGUGGAAUUGAAAAAUCUUUAUCAAUCGCCCAAGAAGGAGAUUUAUUUGAAGAGUGGCUGGAGUUAAAGAAUGGAUGCCUGUGUUGUUCCAUAAAGGAUAAUGGUGUAAAGGCUAUAGAAAAUUUAAUGCAAAAGAAAGGAAAAUUUGAUUAUAUUUUGCUAGAAACUACAGGCCUCGCUGACCCAGGCCCAAUAGUGUCAAUUUUUUGGUUGGAUGAUGAUUUGGGUAGUGAUAUAUACUUGGAUGGUGUUGUUACAUUGGUUGACGCAAAGUAUAUUCAAAAAUAUAUAUCAGAGAAAAAGGUGGAUGGAUCAACAACCAACGAGGCUAUAAAGCAGAUAGCUGUAGCUGAUAGGAUCAUAAUUAACAAAAUAGACCUUGUUGAUCCGUCAACUGUAGACCGCGUGCAAGAACAAAUUAGAUCAAUAAAUUCGACUGUCAAUAUUCUUAGAACAGAGAAAUCAAGAGUUCCUCUGGAUUUCAUCUUGGACAUUCAUGCCUUUGACUUUAAACAAUCUGUUUCCUCGUUGUUCGACUCACCGUCGUCACCACUCAACGAUAAAAAUCAUCACAUUGAGGAGACCGUGAAAACUAUUUGUCUGACCAAAUUUCCAACGACAUCAAUAGACUUAAAAAAAAUAGAGAAUUGGAUCCAAUGUCUGUUGUGGGAUAAAAUGAUUCCGGUUUCGGAUUCGAAUUCCAUUGUCGCUAAUUCCACCACCACUGAAAACGACGGGAUCACAAUUUUACGUCUUAAAGGUAUACUAACAUCUCAAAAUUCGGGGUCACGUAUCAUCGUACAAGGAGUUCAAGAGUUGUAUGAUUUACAACACUCAGACAAUGUUGCAACUGAAGUUGUCAAAGAUAAAUUGGAUCCUUUCUUCGAGCUUGGAAACCUCGAGGCCCGAGCUCAAUGGUUAACCAAAAAUGUCUUUGUGUAUUCACCAUAUGAUUCUCAGGUCAUUAAACAAGAACUUUCGCGACUAGUCAAAAAAGAACCGAUAAUCUGUCGCCUGCGACCAUGGUGUGAUAAGCAUCCUAUCAAAUUCCCCUCCACCGCCUCUUAUGAGGCUCACUACAAUGCUUCUCAUCGAUACCU